UGCUUGCGCGGCCGGGAGCCGGGGUCGGCGGAGCCCAGCGCAAACCCCCCUAGCCCCCGCCGGCUGCAGCAGCGCAGCCGCCCCGCCGGGGUGCUGCUCCGCAGCAUCGCCCAUCCGCUGCCCUCCGCGCCGGUGCCAGGCCGCCAACGCAGGAGGGAGAUGCAGCCUCAGCCCUGAGUGGGCGCUGCCAGAACCAUCCGUGACCCACCUCCACGAGCUCAGCACCAGCCAUGAGUGGCUUCUUCUCACGCCUGGACCCGCGGCGGGUGCCAUGGGGGGCAGCGGGCCAUGCCCUGCGCACCCGCGUCCUGCGCACCAAGCCUGUGGAGUCAAUGCUGGAGGGCACGGGGACCACUGCCACUCAGGGCGCCAGGCUGGCCAAGGUGCUCACCACCCUCGACCUCAUCUCCCUUGGCGUCGGGAGCUGUGUGGGCACAGGCAUGUACGUGGUGUCUGGCCUCGUGGCCAAGGAGAUGGCGGGGCCCGGGGUCAUCGUUUCCUUCAUCAUUGCUGCCGUCGCCUCCAUCUUAUCAGGUGUUUGCUACGCUGAGUUUGGCGUGCGGGUCCCCAAGACCACGGGCUCUGCCUACACCUAUAGCUACGUGACAGUGGGGGAGUUUGUGGCAUUCUUCAUUGGCUGGAACCUUAUCCUGGAGUAUCUGAUCGGCACGGCCGCGGGCGCCAGCGCCCUCAGCAGCAUGUUCGACUCGCUGGCCAACCACACCAUCAGCCACUGGAUGAUCAACAGUGUCGGGACAUUGAAUGGUCUAGGGAAAGGGGAGGAGUCAUACCCUGACCUUCUUGCUCUGGUCAUUGCUGUCAUUGUCACCAUCAUUGUGGCCAUAGGGGUGAAGAACUCAGUGGGGCUGAACAACGUGCUCAAUGUCAUUAACCUGGCAGUCUGGAUCUUCAUCAUGAUUGCUGGUCUCUUCUAUAUUAAAAGUGACAACUGGGCUGAAGGGCAAUUCCUGCCAUUUGGAUGGCCAGGGGUGCUCAAAGGGGCUGCGACAUGUUUCUAUGCCUUCAUCGGCUUUGACAUCAUUGCUACCACAGGAGAAGAAGCGAAGAACCCCAACACCUCCAUCCCCUAUGCCAUCACAGCCUCACUCGUCAUGUGCUUGACAGCAUAUGUGUCAGUGAGCAUCAUCCUCACAUUGAUGGUGCCCUAUGAUGCCAUUGACACCGAGUCCCCACUGAUGGAAAUGUUUGUGGCUCAUGGCUUCUACGCAGCUAAGUUCAUCGUUGCCAUCGGGUCUGUGGCUGGUCUGACCGUCAGCUUGCUGGGCUCCCUCUUCCCAAUGCCGAGAGUCAUUUAUGCCAUGGCUGGCGAUGGGCUGCUCUUCAGAUUUUUGUCCCAUGUCAGUUCUUACACGGAAACCCCUGUAGUGGCUUGUAUCGUCUCCGGAUUCCUCGCAGCAUUGCUCUCCUUGCUGGUUAGCCUGAGGGACCUGAUAGAAAUGAUGUCCAUUGGCACACUGCUCGCCUACACACUGGUCUCUGUCUGCGUCCUGCUCCUCCGAUACCAACCCGAGAGCGACAUUGAUGGCUUUGUCAAGUUCCUCUCCGAGGAGCACACCAAGAAGAAGGAGGGCAUCUUGGCUGACUGCGAGAAGGAAGCUUGCUCCCCAGGCAGUGAAGGAGAAGAGUUCACUGGCCCACCGACCAACACGUGUGGGGCAAAGAAUCUGCCGUCACUGGGGGAUAAUGAGAUGCUAAUCGGGAAAUCCGAUAAAUCCACCUACAGCGUGAAUCACCCCAAUUACGGCACAGUAGACAUGACCACAGGGAUAGAGGCAGAUGAGUCAGAGAACAUCUACCUCAUCAAGCUGAAGAAGUUGAUCGGCCCGCGCUACUACACGAUGCGGAUCCACCUCGGGCUGCCAGGGAAAAUGGACCGCCCCACAGUGGCCACUGGCCACACGGUUACCACCUGCGUGCUCCUGCUCUUCGUCCUCAUGUUCAUCUUCUGCUCCUUCAUCAUUUUUGGGGCAGACUACAUCUAUGAGCAGAGCUGGUGGGCUGUCCUCCUCGUUGUGCUGAUGAUCCUGCUCAUCAUUGUGCUGGUGUUUGUUAUCCUGCAGCAGCCAGAAAACCCCAAGAAGCUGCCCUACAUGGCACCUUGCCUGCCCUUUGUCCCUGCCUUUGCUAUGCUGGUGAAUAUCUAUCUCAUGCUGAAGCUCUCCACAGUCACGUGGAUCCGAUUUGCCGUCUGGUGUUUUGUGGGUCUACUCAUAUACUUUGGCUAUGGGAUGUGGAACAGCACACUGGAGAUCAGCGCUCGGGAGGAGGCCCUCCACCAGAGCACCUAUCAGCGCUAUGAUGUGGAUGUCGACCCCUUCUCUGUUGACGACGGCUUCUCCUAUGCCACUGAGGGUGAGGGCUUCCCAGGCUGGGGUCCCUCCGAGGACAAGGGUUUCUCGUACCAGCAAAUGGCAGGAGCAAAGGAAAGCCAUCGGACGAGUAGCAGGUCGAAAAGCAAAGGCAGGCACAAACCGCCGUCGGAGGCUCUCAUCGCCAACGACGAGUUGGACUACUCACCUGAGUAGCAGGGCAGACAGCAGAGUGCCGCGCUGCCCAGCCGAUGAGGAAGGGUCCCUGCGGCUCCCCCAACCUGUCCCAUCCUCCCCAGGUCCUCCACCACCCCCCUGCUCACCUCUGGUCCUCGGGACACGCUCUGCAAUUGCCAUUGACCCCGAACCAAACACACUCGUGGCCUGUCCCGGCUCCACUGGUCGGGUCUCGCUCUGGUGAAUGCCAGCUGCUCCCCUGGCACUGGUUGAUCUCCCAGCACCAGCCACACAGUGGAGGCAGUGAAGCGGGAGAUGUGCCAAACUGGGAGGAUGUUGAGAGGUGGACGCGUGAGGGGACAAGUCCCCAGGGAAUGUCCACCCAAUGGCUGCAGCAGUGGGAUGCCAUUCUUACAUUUUUGGCACGUGUGUGUUUUUCCUUUGAACCACCUAGAAGUAAUAGCUGAGCCAGUGGGACAGAUGGGUAGGUAGGUGCAGAAUGGAGAUGGACAAACGCCUUUCAAGGGAGUUGCUCAGAGAUGGAUCCAGGGAUGCUGGUGCUAUAUCACACAGCGUUUCUAUAUCACACAGCGUUUCCAUAGCCUGUUCUGUGCAAAGGCAUACAGUGCACACCACAGUGCUGUCCCUGAAUCCAAGCAUCUCAGAUACUGUGAUUCAAAAUUGGUCCACAUCUCAAUCAAACCUUGAAGUCCCAGCACAGCCAAACAUCCCAAAUCUGUGUUUGGGAGCCUGGUCCCAUUUCUGGCCACAGCAAUGGCUGUGACCCACUCUUGGCUCAACUCACCUUCUGUGAAUGGUCAGCAAGGACCAGACGCUGCUCCUCUGAGCAUCACCAGGCUGAGGCUGGGGGCUGUUUCCACCAUAUUGUGUCUUUUACAAAAAUGACUGUGCUGUAAUUCCCUCACUGCAGUGGGCACAUUUCAGAGCUCACUCUGGCCUCAGUGCUUCAGGGAUGCACCUGUGCCCCUGCAAAGUAGCAAUGUCCGUGGGUCAGCCACAUCUUGGCAGGGUGGGCCAUGAGCGGCAAGUGGAGAGGACCUGGCUGCUGAAAUCUCCCUCCCUGCUGCUGUCUCCACCUUAUACCGUUUUCUCUGUUUCUGACCCUGGCUUGGUGAAUGCUAUAUGAAAAAAACACUGAAACGCUGCGCAUUCUGUAAGUGUCUGUACUUCAAUUUGUAACCAAACAGAGCUGGUGGCUCAUGGGGCAGAGGUGGUCAGCAGGUGGAUGUUUCUCAGAGUUAAACCCUCCAGUACGGUCCAAGGAUGGCCAUGACUCCCAGCAGUGCCAUCAAGUUCUCUGCCACCAAUGUCCCAACAGCACCGUCAAUGGUGGUGGGGUUUGGUUGCAGCCACCACAGUCAGCAACUGCACUGCUGAGUCAGCGAUAAUCAGCAGCUCAGUUCUGCAGCCCAUCUCCAACUUGCUUAGUGUAAAACAUUGCAAUGGAGGAACACCUUUUGGAAUAACUGAUAACCAAGUAAGCACCCCAUCAGACAGCAACACCCACCCUAUUCCCAGUCCCCGUUCUUGAGGCUCACCUGGAGCAGCCCAGACCAAUCCCCAGUACCAGGGGCUGUCCCUGGCAUCCUAGGGGACAAUUUAACAUUGAUGGGGCAUGAGGUAGGAUUUCCAACAUGUGAUGCUGAGAACCGUUAACUCUUUGGUUCACCAAAUGAGGCUCAGCCCCAAAACACAGCAUGAAGCCUGCCUGGCACCCUCUGUGGGCAAGUGGGCUGAUGGGUGCAGAAGGUGCCUGGACCCAUGCCCACCCACAUUACUCCUGGGGCUCUGGGGCUUGAUGGAGAGGCACUUCCCGUGGCUGCAGAAGUUUCCUUGCAGCUUCUGUCCCAAAUGGUGACAAACAACAGUCUUUUCUCUGCAAAGAGCAUCCAAUUCUGCAGAUCUUAACCCGGAGUGCCUCAGGCAAGCCAAGGGAAGUUUGGCCUCUGUGAGAGCUUCAGAAUGGGAGCAAGGAUUUGGCAAAAGGACUUGUAAGCUUUGCUCUGGCAUCUCCUCCCAUUGUCCACCCCUACCACAGUUCUACAGUCAGAAAUCAUGUGUUUCACUGAAAAGCUGUUUGCAAUGUGUGUACCACUCACGGACCAGCCUGCGAAACCUUUCCAGCAGUGCUGAGCACCUCUCACAAAGGUCACCUCUCACUUGUGCUUGACUGCUCUUGUCCUCAAUGCCUUAGAAGUAUCCAAGAGAGAUGGCACCUCGCAGGUCUGGCUUUACAUUUUCAGGGAGAAAGAUUGAUGCUAUUUUCCUACCAGCUGUUAUACUAUACUGUAUCUGAGGUAGUUGUCUUUGUCCUGCUUCCACAUGGUAUUUAGGCAUCUGCUGAACCACAAACUCGUGCCCAAGUACCCUGUCGAAUCAAAGUCUGUUAUUCCUUUUGCAGCCUUAAUCUCUUGCUACAGAGCAGUUACCAGUACCAGUGUCUGUUAUCAUGUCCUCUCUAGUUACUCUGUAUAAUUCGAUGAGGGCUUGAUCCGUUGCUCUUUGGUGUCUAUAAGAACCUCUUCAUUGGAUCCAUGUAUUGAGUGAAGCCCUUCAGCUACUCCUGUUCCCAUUCACACAUUCUCCUUCCCCUUCCCAGGGAAGUGCUGGGGCAAAAUAUCUGCACCUUAUUCCCGGGACUGCUGGAAAAGAGCGUUUGAUGCCAUGGCGCUGUCUGAUGUGGCUGGGCUGCCAGCAGUCCUUGCCAUGUCAAGGGUGAGAGCUGUACCCUCCUCCCGAGCCCACCACAUCUCACCUAACAGAGGUGCAUAGGGAGAAGGUGGCUGAGCCGCAGGCUGGGUCUAACUGGGGCUUGCAGGCGGCUGAGCGGCCAGUGCCCAGGGAGGCCGGUUUGCAGUGGGGUCCCUGCACCCUGCUCUGGGUGGCAGUGCCUGGGGGACAUGCAGGUUCAGCCUCCAUUAGGGAGCUCGCGCUCUUUCUCCUGUAGCAGGCAUUAGGGUCUUCAACGGGCACAAGCAAAAGCUGCGAAGUCCAACACUUUCAGGCGUUUCCAUCACCUCUGGGCACCGCUGGCACCAGGAGCAGUUUCAGACACUGGGAGGAGGUGUGAGUGCAUGUUUUGAUGUAACCCCAAAAUCUAGCCUUCCUCCUGGGUGCCCUCAGAGAGGUUCCCACACCUCUGACCCACCAGGAGGACACAGGCAGAGUGGUACCAUGCUGCUCCCACCACCGGUAAGAGGCACACAGCCCCUCCAUGCCUGACAGCCCUCCGCAGGGCACAUGCACUGAGGAGCCCAAUACAUGAUACCGACGGAGCAUAAAUACCUCAGCUCUUCCAGACCAACUCUAUAAGAUCUCACCCCUCCACAGAUUCACUCUACACCAUUAUGACCACUCAGUGCAAGGCCCAGCACACCGGUAUCCUCCACAUAGCAGAGAAAUCACACUCCGAAUGACAUGGGAUGUUGUAAAUCCAGCUUGUAAAUGACCUUCACCUUGUUUUGUUCAGUCUUUAUGAUGUAUAUCUUGCUUUUUUUGCAGGUGGUACUUCCUGGUGUAACAAUUCUCAGCAGUUCUGGUAUGAAAUUGGUGUAUUUGUUAAAAACAGUUUGUUCUAUUAAAAUUUUUUUUGUGGUUUCCAAAAGCCCAUUGGUGCAUUGUACAAUGGGAUCUUGUAGUGUGUCAUGAGAAAGAAAAAAAUAUACAGAUAUGUUAUGGAGUGAGUUUUCUUUUGAAAUGAUUGUGUUGUUGGCAAUUAUACAUAUUAUAUAUAUAUAGUCAAGAUACUAUGAAAAAAAAUCUAAAUUUACCAAAAUCUGUAUAUUUUAAUAAAUGCAUAAAGCUUUAUUGUGUGCCUUUACAUUUAAAAAUCAAACAGGAACUGAGGGAUUUGGGAUUUUUAAAGAAAGCCAGAGACAAAUGUGACUUCGUAUCAGUUUCAAUAAUAAUGUAAAUCUUUUAAAUGAAAAACUAAACAAGAAAAUAAUAAGAAAAAAAAUCCCAUAUUAGUUCUGUUAAGCCAGUCAGUACCUGCAGGUUUGAUAUUUUUUCACUGCUAAACUGAAGUGAGAGAUGAACAAAUGCUGCCUUAAGCGCUUCAAAAUUUCCUCU